AUGACGGACCAAUAUCUGCAAGAGCAGCAUGCCCUUACCAUUGCCCGCACCGUCCAGAGAGAACGGCAGCUUGCCCAGGCCCGCCUAGAUUCUGACCAUGGCGACAGUUGGGUCAUGAUCACCCAGACGGGUGAAAUCAACCCUUUGCCUCACGAGCACAUCAGACACAGAUCCAACGCCAAGGUCAGCAUCGAGCUGUCGGUCCCCAAGUCACUACAGCAAGGGAGGACGCCGUUCACGCGCAGGAGUGACAACGGCACAGCAUACAUCACAACACAACGGGUCAUAUACAUUCCCGCAAAACCAACCAGCGAGUUCAAAUCGUUUCAUGCGCCCAUCUUGAACUGCGCCGACUCUUACGUGGGUUCGCCAUUCUUUGGCGCAUGGUUCUGGUCCGCCACCGUGGUACCGGUGGCAGGAGGCGGCGUGCCUGCCGACAUACCGAGAGUUGAGGUGAAGCUGAGCUUUAAGGAGGGCGGUCACAGCGAGUUCAGACAGCGAUUCGAAGAGUUGAAGGAACGGCUGGAGCACGUCAGGCGCCUGCAGCAAGAGACUGGGCAGACCGUCAACAUCCCAGACGAGCCGUUACCGGCAUACGAGGCGACUGAAGGUGGAGGCGCUUCGAGCGGCGUUGCCUCACAGCCACAGCAGCAGCAACAGCAGCAACAGGAGCCAUCGGUCGGCCGGUCGGCCAGCUCUGGGAGUCAAACCCGACGCCCGGAUGAGCCCCCACCAGAUUAUGAGGAAGCGCAAGCCCAGACACUCAGCAUGCGGCUCGAAGACCACGUUCGCGAGGAGUCUGAUAGAGCAUAG